GACCCACAGCUCCUUGCUCAGUUCUACUAUGCUGAUGAAGAACUAAAUCAAGUAGCAGCUGAACUGGACAGUUUGGAUGGAAGGAAAGACCCACAGAGAUGCACGCUGCUAGUCAACCAGUUUCGCUCUUGUCAGGAUAAUGUUUUGAACAUCAUAAAUCAAAUCAUGGAUGAAUGCAUUCCACACGAACGGGCCAACCGAGACUUCUGUGUUAAGUUUCCAGAGGAAAUACGCCAUGACAACCUUGCAGGACAGCUUUGGUUUGGAGCAGAAUGUUUGGCUGCUGGUUCAAUAAUUAUGAAUCGUGAAAUUGAGAGUAUGGCUAUGAAGCCAUUGGCCAAGGAUCUGACCCGAAGCCUAGAGGAAGUCAGAAAUAUAAUUCGUGACCAGGCCUUAAGGGAUUUGAACCUCUACACAGAAAAAAUGAAAGAUUCACUCAAGCAUUUUGAUGUCCUUUUUGCUGAAUUUGAAUUAAGUUAUGUGUCAGCCAUGGUACCAGUGAAGUCUCCAAAAGAGUAUUAUGUACAGCAAGAGGUAAUAGUACUUUUCUGUGAAACUGUGGAGAGAGCCUUAAGGCUUGGAUACCUCACUCAAGAUAUGAUAGAUGACUAUGAGCCAGCUUUAAUGUUUACAAUUCCAAGAUUAGCCAUUGUAUGUGGCCUUGUUGUCUACUCCGAGGGACCAUUAAACUUGGACCAUAAACCAGAAGAUAUGUCUGAACUAUUCAGACCUUUCCACACUUUGCUAAGAAAAAUAAGGGAUCUACUUCAGACAUUAACUGAGGAUGAACUGCACACACUGGAACGUAACCUCUGCAUCUCUCAAGAUGUUGAUUUUCCUGUCAGACCGGAUCCUGAAGUACCUUCUGUCAUUACACCAGGCAUAACUGCAACUUUGCCUGCUAAGGAGCUUUCAGCAAAAGCUGAAAACACAGAGGCUGAGCUGGCUUGUUCUAUGCAGUAUGAUGAACAGGAGCUGGAACAGCUGAACAGAAUGGUACACAGAGUCGGAGAUGAAAUGUCUUCGCUGCUUUCCCCUCCAAGCAUCUGUCAGUCUCCAGCUCACAGACCUAGCCUAAGAAAUAGUUCUAGCACAGAAGCUUCACCAACAAGACACCAUCUUGACAAUUUAACUGAUGAAGAGGACAGAGUGUUUUUUAUGGAUGACCUAGAUGGAGCAGGAGAAGCUCUUGCUGGGUUGGAUUCAGUAAGUGAUACUCUUGCUUGGGUGAAUAACCCUUGCCACGAUUCAGAACAGAACCUGCAAUAUAGAGAUGCUUUGCUGUAUGAGAAUGGCCAUCAGACUGAGGAAACUUUGCUUUUAAAAGAUGCUGAAAGUGACUUAAGCAAUAAUAACAAUAUUGAAGAUAGCAAACAGAUGUCUGGCAUUUCAGUCCAGAAUUCAUGCAGCUGUCUAGAAGGUCCAGACUCACAGUUAUACCUCAAUGGCUGGGAUGCCUAUGCUGAUGAUGCAGAAAUGGCAGAAGUGAUAGCUCACAGGACAGGAGGAAUGAAAAUAUCUGCUACUGUAAUAUUCAAUCCUAAAUCUCCCUCUAGCUCAGAAUCCCCAGUAACCACUCCAGAAGCAGCUAUUAGUUGUGUUCCUGGAUCUGCUAAUCCAUUAGCAAAUGAGGAGGAGGAUGAAUCCCAUAAACUCAGCAUAGCUGCCACAAACUGUCUAAUUAAUUCCUGUGUGUGUUGUGGCAGCUGUGAAGACAGCAGGGAGGACAGCGUUGAAGGUUUAAAGACUAAACAUUCUGCAGGAGGUGUUGUAAAUGCUUCGUACACAUUAAUAAAGUCUAAGGAAAUGGACCAUGUAGAUAACUUGGACAAUUCAGUCCCUGCACAGGAAACAUUAAAACCUGAAACUUCCACUUUGUUAGCAGAAAGAGACUUUAGCAGAGAAGAGCCAAAACUGCCAAUCUCCUCUAAGUGCCUGGCACAUUCCUCAGGUUCACAGGUAGGAGCAGAAAAUGAGUCUCAAGGAGAAGCAGAAAGCAUCUCAAACCAGCAGAAGAAGUGGGAGAAGAGAAAACAACAAUGUGAGAAAAAGCUGGACAACAGUGAAGAUGCUCGUAGUGAAAGGACAGCAAAGGAAGAUGUGAAGUCAAGAUCUAGUUCAAGUUCUCAGGAUGGCUUACGUGAUUCCCCCCUCAGCUCCAUCUCCAGCAGUGACUAUGAGAGUGUUUCUGUCACUACAUGUAGUCUCUCCAGCAUAUACGCUCUGAGGUAA